GGUAGUCCGUGGGGUUGCAAAGAGUUGGACACAACAGAGCGACUUCACUUCACUUAACUUUUACACCUGAAGACACUGAGACUCAAGGAGGUUGAGUCUUUAUCAAAGGCUAUCUGAGUUGUCAGGUUAUAGCUCUGAGGUCAGAGGUCAGCCUGAGGUGACUCAUCUUCAGGAAAGGACACAGCUCCACCUUUCCAUCCUCACCAAGAUAACCUUGAUCUCAGAUCCUCCCUCUUUUCACAGGUUCCCAUGGUAGCAGCAACCUUUAUGGUCCCUGGACAGGUAAGUGGAGGAAGCCCCAGUACCUGUCCCGAUGUCAUCCCACCCCUAGUAUUGACACACAGAUACAAGAGACACAGUUAUCCUGGGCUUGUUGGGCUUUAGUUCUAGCCCUGGGGUCACCUCAGGUGCAGGACCUGUGAAGUGGUACUGAGGUGGUCUCAUGUGUCCAGUGGAGAAGAUGAGGUGGUGAGAUGUUCCUGGGACUGGAGCCAGCCUGUCCGUGUGCCUGGAGGGCCAUGUGACCUUUGAGGACGUGGCGGUGUCCUUCUCCCAGGAGGAGUGGGGGCUCCUCGGCGAGGCUCAGAGACUGCUGUACUAUGACGUCAUGCUGGAGAACCUGUCCCUGAUAGCCUCCCUGGGGUGUUGGCGUGGAGGAGAUACCAAAGAGGCCAGUUCUGAACAAUGUGUUUCUGCAGAACAAGUGACACGAGACAGGAAUCCACAGGUGGACCCAUGUAUCCUGAAGGCUGUCACUUCCACUGACAUGUGUGCCCUGAUGGAGAAAACCCUGCCCUCUUCUGUGGUUUCUGGGAGAAUGCUCACUUCUCACUUGCAGCAGCACCAGACACAGCUCAGUGGAGAGAAACGUCUCAGGAGGGAUGAGAACGGGGCCUUGCUCGUGACAAGCUGCAAGAUCUUUGUACCUGACACUGUGUUCACAUGUGGAGAGGUUGAGGAGGAUUUCCUCGGUAGCCUGGGCUUUCUCCAGCGCCAGCCCCCCCACGAUGGAGAGCAUCCACACAGAAGCAGGCAGAGCAGAGGGGGCUCUCACCCUGGGCAAGGGCAUUACAAGUGCAGCGAAUGUGGCAAAGCCUUCAGUAAGAAGUACAAAUUCACAGAGCACCUGAGAGUUCACACUGGAGAAAAACCAUACAAGUGCAAUGACUGCGGGAAAUUCUUUAGACUCCGAGGGGGUCUCUCUCAUCAUCAGAGAGUUCACACAGGAGAAAAGCCUUUCGAUUGCAGUAAAUGUGGGAAAGUCUUCAUCUACAAAUGUAAGCUUGUUCAGCACCAAAGAGUCCACACUGGAGAAAGACCCUAUGAGUGUCAGGAAUGUGGGAAAGCAUAUGCCCGCAAGGAUUCACUUGUCCAGCACCAAAAAGUCCACACUGGAGAGAAACCUCAUAAGUGCAGUGAAUGUGGAAAGCUCUUCUUGUACAGAAAUAAACUCCUUGUGCACCAGAGAAUCCACACUGGAGAAAAGCCUUUUAAGUGCACCGAAUGUGGGAAAUCCUUUAGUUACAAAACAAGUCUUAUUAUCCACCAGAGAACUCACACUGGAGAAAGGCCUUAUAUGUGUGGUGAGUGUGGGAAAGCCUAUGUCAACAAAAAGAGUCUUAUUGUCCACCAGAGAAUCCACAGUGGAGAAAAAGUUUAUGCCUGUAAGAAAUGUGGUAAUUUGUUUGUGAGCAGCUUUGCCCUCAACAAACACCAGAAUGUUCACACCUCACAGAGGCAUUAUGAGUGCAGUGAAUGUGGGAAAGGGUUCAAGAGGAAAAUCACACUCGAUGAGCACCAGAGAAUCCACACUGGAGAAAGACCCUAUGUGUGCAAUGAAUGUGGGAAAGCCUUCAAGCUGAAGAACACACUAAUUAGCCACCAAAACGUCCACACUAGAGCAAAGCCUUUCCAGUGCAGUGAAUGUGGGAAGCCCUACAGUAACAAAACAAGUCUUAUUGUCCAUCAGAGGAUCCACACUGGAGUGAAGCCUUUUCAGUGCAAUGAGUGUGGGAAGCCUUACAGUUACAAAACAAGUCUAAUUGUCCACCAGAGAACCCACAGUGGAGAAAGGCCUUAUGCGUGUAGUUCUUUGUACACAGCUCCAAGGUCAUGAUCUAAUGUGUGUGUGUGUGUGUGUGUGUGUGUGUG